AUGUUGGCAACGGCGGCGUCGUUUCAGCGUCGCGCCAAACGCAAAUCUUCCUCUCCGGAUACGGAAGAGAAAAACAACAACACCGGCGCGUCGUCUAAUAAAAAAACGCGCCUUUUGGACACCGGUAAAAAUGAAAUGUUACAAACGUACCAGCCGUGGGUGGUGCGAACUUAUGGUGAUCUAGCUAAGACAAAAACGGUAACGUUAAGGAAGUACGCGCGGAUUAUUAGGACGCUGAGGGGGGAGGAGGUGGCCAGCGCGGACACCAGCAAGUUUAGGUUUUGGGUGAAGGCUAAAGGGUUCAGGGUGGGCAAGCCGGAGGGGUACGAGGCGAAACCAGCUGACGGGAUUGCGGGAAGGUUCAGUGUGUGUGACGUGGACGAGGGGAUUGAACCAGUGGAGGGGGGUAACGAGGGAUCGGCGAGGGACCCGGCGUUGUACGUGCCCAAUGUAGGAGCUAAGACUGCCAACGGGGAUCCGUUAUACAGAAAAGUAGCUGUGGUGGAAAACUUCUUCGAUAUUAUCUAUAACGUGCAUGUAGAACUGGAAGGGAAACCUGGGAAGCAUGCCGGACAGAAAAGAACUUACAGGACAAUAACGGAAACUUACGCUUUUCUGCCCCGCGAAGCUGUUACCAGGUUCCUCCUCGGCUGCGUGGAAUGCCAAAAGCGUCCUCGAUCUGUCUCGCCCACGGUGGCCAUUUUGCCCACGCCCAGCCCUAGUCCUACUUCACCCAUCGUUAUCCAGACACAUACUCCCACAUCCGAUGGGUCAUCUUGCGAGAUGCCUAUGGAGAAUAGGCUCGAGCUGAGGGAGGAGGUGGAGAAGGUAGAAGAGAAAAAGGAAGUGAGGAAUGGAGAUGGAAUGAGACAGCGUGGAAUACCGAAAUGCAGAUCAAAGAAAUCCCUUACCAAAGAACCCACCCCGAAACUCUGGUCACCGGUGAAAUGCAUUGAACAAGACAGAGACAAACUGGUCCAUUUGCCUGGGAACAUCGAUUAUUCCAUGCCUAUCACCACCACUUAUCUCAAAUAUAUGAAAAGUCUGGGCUGUAAAGAGGAGGAAGCGUUGAACUUUGACAGCAAGCACGUGAGUCUUGUCGUUAAUCAGUUCCUCCGUGAGAUUAUUAACCAUUAUUAUCAUUGAUUAGGUUGAUUUUUGAUUUAAUUUUUUUUAAAUUUAUUACCUAGUUAGAGAAUACUAAAAUAUUUGGUUGAUUUUGAAGUAGAUAUAUUAUCAGGUUUCAGCUGGUGUUAAUUUUAUUAUUAUUAUUGUAGACUUUCUGUACCUUAUGUGAAUUUUAUUUCAUUUAGUGGUGGCUGGUUUUGGUUCACCAUAAAAAGUAUGACUUUAAUUCCUAAUAUACACUCACCGGCAAAAAAAUCCGGCCACUAAAA